AUGAAUUCAACAGUCGGUGCCGGUAACCGGACGCCCAAAACUUUGCCCGCGCCUUCAAAGACCGAGAAGGUCGCGUUCAAGGUCCCAGGAACUGACAUUGAGGCCGAGACAUGGUAUGCUCUGUAUGGAAAGCUAUCUGAGGAUGUGACUCCUCUGAUUUGUCUGCAUGGCGGACCUGGCAUGGCUCACAACUACAUCCUUCCUUGCGCUCAUCUGUCCUCGGCACCUUUCUCACGGCCAGUGAUCCUUUAUGAUCAGAUUGGUUGCGGAAACUCAACACAUCUGCGUGAAAAGAAAGGAGAUACUGACUUCUGGACUUCCGACCUCUUCAUUGCCGAAUUGGAGAACCUGCUAUCCUACCUUGGUAUCAANAAAUUCGACCUCUUUGGUCAGAGUUGGGGUGGCAUGCUUGGAGCAUUGUAUGCCACAAAACGCCCGACUGGCUUGUACCGUCUUAUCAUCGCCAAUUCUCCAGCAAGCUUGAUCACCUGGGUCGAAGUCGCGGACAAGCUACGAAAGGAGCUGCCUAAGGACAUCCAGGAGACUUUGACGCGCUGCGAAGAGCAAGGCACAACGGACACGGAAGAGUAUGAGACUGCCAUGAUGAGUUUCUAUGAGAGACACGUUUGCCGUGUCGUACCUUUCCCCGAUGAGCUCAAUCAAACCUUGGCUCAAGUGAAGGAUGAUGAUACUGUAUACAUGACGAUCGUUAUCGGUUCGCUCAAAGGCUGGGACAUCACGUCCGAACUUCACAAAAUCAACGUCCCGACAUUACUGAUCAACGGCAACUACGACGAAGCUCAAGAUAUUACCAUGGAGCCCUUCUUCCGCGAAAUCCCUGGCAAGGUCAAAUGGGUUCGCUUCCCAGAGAGCAGUCAUUGUCCCCAUCUGGAAGAGACAGAUGCCUUUGUCGAAGCUGUUGGCAAUUUUUUGACUUCUGAGUCAUGA